AUGCUUGGCCGAUCGAAUCUCAUUGGCAACGGCGCUGGCGUACCAAUUCUCCAUAGUGAGACCGGUACUUUUACACUUCCGCCGAACACGAGCGUUACUGCGACGCUUCAGCAUGAUGCGGCCAAUGAUGCCAUGCCCCCGAUGCCCACCUUCAGUGCCAGAACGUCCAUUCCUGCACCCAGUGCCGCGCCAUCCGGAUUUGGCGGACCGCCUCCCGCGCAUAACGGAGGCGGCGGUUAUUCUGGCGGUGAUGGCCCCAACGAUAAUGGGAAUGCAUAUGGAGGUGGCUUCGGAGGACAUGGGCACCACGGGUCCGGUCUUGGUCCCGGUGGCGGUGGUGGCCCACCCGACGGCCCACCUGGUGGUCCGCCUGGUGGUGGUGGCCCUCCUGACGGGAGUGGUCCGCCCGAUGGCGGCCUUGAUCCGCCUAGCAUCAGGCCCACCGGUCGGCCGAGCGGGAACGAUACGUUCCAGUGCGAGCGAUGCACCGGAACUUUCCCGACCAUCGUGCGACGAUCAUGCAUCUCUUGCCGUUUCUCGUGUUGCAACGGUUGUUGCCGAGAUCCUUUGAGAAUCUGUCUCGUGUGUCUUGAGAGACAGACUGGGAAUCCACCUGGUCCCAACGAUUCGGGAUUCGGUGGACCCAAGGGCGAUGGAUCACUGAGCGAGGCCAAGAAGGCGAAGUGCAAGUCCUUUCGUCUCGAUCCUGAGCCGGAGCCUGCUCAGUUGCGACGCUGGAUCGUCGAUAUGAAAGAGCGAGUCGCGAAUGCAUUCGCCUACGAUCCAGGAUACGCACUAUCAUGGGUUGAGAUUCCCGAUGGUACACGGUAUGAGGAUCUUCUCGAUGAGUGCAAGUACGGAAUGCUUGAAAACGAAUGCAACUCUGCAUUCCGUGAGUGCGUCCGAUCUAUUGCACUGAAGAAUAAGAUCCAGACCGAGACCGAGCGCAUGCAUACGAUAAACCGGCGACUCGGAAGUAGGCAGAUCUUGUGGCUAUUGUAUGAUUUCCUUCGACCACAUGUUACCGGCGAUUCGACUUUCAAGCUCGUUGACCUGAUGAAGACCACGAUUGAUCGGUUUACUCAUGGAUCCGAGCAGGAAAGGUUGGAAGCCUUCUCCAAUCGGUGGGAUCAUGUUCUCGCUGGUAUCUCAGUCGAUCGCCCCGAGGAUCCUGUUCUCUGCGCUCUCUUUUAUGAGCAGGUGCGUGAGUUCCGCUGUCUCGAGCUCGACAUGCAGCUAUGGGACAGGGACGUAUCCGUACGGAACUACGCAUACUUGCGAACCGUCUGCGUCAAUGCGAUUACAACAUGGCGCCGACGACGCAACCAGGAGAAGAUGUACACCGCUACCAGGUCUACUUCUGCGCAGAGAUACGCUGAGCUCGCCGAGGCGCUCGUCACCCAGACGAUCCUCCCCGCGACGCGGAUCGCCAAGACGAUAUUCCCGCAGUCCGGGACGAGCAGCUCCCGCACCGACUCGCCCAAUGCAAUGACAGCGUCCUCCUAUGGAGACUUCGCCUUCGCUUGCGUUGCAUCAUUCGAUAUGGCAUGUCCGUCAGUCAAGCGGAAGACAGUAUCGUUUGGGAAUACUGAGACCCGCGUGAUAGAGUCUUCUUUCCCGGAGCCAAACUUCGGUCCCGUCAAUCGCGAGAGGAAUUUGAACUAUUCGUGGCCGGAAGAUAUCCGUGGUCUGAAUAGUGCUCGCGAAAGGCGAAGGGCGCACAUGAAGGCUGUGCUUUGGAGAGAGCAGGUUUUGCUCGAUGACGUUGAUGCCAAAACGCUAGGUAAUGAUGCUUGUGUUCUUGAGCUCACGCUUUCUCAGCGGAGCGCUUGCGAGGUCUUUGCUGCUGCUGUCAAGUCUAUUAAGAGGGUCCGGAGACUAAUGCUCGACUCCGGUUGCGGUAUAGACCUUAUUGGUCUCGGUGAUCUGUCCCGCGAGGAAAGGGACCUGAUAGUUCAGAAUGCUAAGAUCAGCCUUAGGACCGCCAAUGGGAAAACUAACACCAAAGGUGUUGCUCAUAUGCGCAUUGACGGCCUCGAUGAGCUGAUUGUAGUCGCGGGUCGACCUGAUCUCCCUCGUGUGUAUCCGGCACUCCCAGCACCGAUCAUUAUUCACGAGAAAAUCGUGGCUGCGGGUGAAGAACCUGUGGGCGAGCUAGACGACAUUGGUGAGCUCGAUCUUGAUAUGCCUGGUGCUAAGAGUGCCCAGAAAGAUGCACCUGACGAUAUCAAGAAG